AAACGCGACUCGGGGUCAAAAACCCCAUGACGUAGAGGAAAAUAAACAGAGCAGACGCAUUUUUGUUGGAAUCAUGUCUUAUGCAGCUGUGUUUCGUGUGUUUUGUCGAUCAGCUUGCAGAUUCUCAAAUCUUAAUAAUAUCAGAAACUUUAAUGCAUCAAAACGUCUCUCCAGUUGUGAUAUAAGCUGCAACAGGGGAUCAGCGUUUCGCUUUUACAGCACUGAAGUUGACCCUGAUGACCCGAGAACAGUCCCAGAAAAUGAAUGGGAAAAACGUCUAACACCAGAACAGUAUGCAGUCACCAGAGAAAGGAAAACCGAGGAGCCAUUCAGUGGAAGUUAUUUGAACCAUUUUGAAAAAGGCACUUAUCAUUGUGUAUGUUGUGAUGCAGAGCUUUUCAGUUCUGAUGCUAAGUACGACUCCCAUUGUGGUUGGCCCUCCUUCUUUGAGGCUGCUGGAACUGAAAACGGUGAUGAGUCUCAUACACACAUACUACGCCGUCCUGAUAACAGCAUUGGAAUGGUGCGCACAGAGGUUAUAUGUAAAAAUUGUGAUGCUCACCUGGGCCAUGUCUUCAAUGAUGGGCCGGAACCCACCGGACAAAGGUUUUGCAUCAACAGUCUGUCUCUCAAGUUUAAGUCUUACAGACCAUAAACUGAUUUCUUACAAAGUACCAAAGUCUGUUUACUAAUUGGGUAUAAAUUUCGGAGAAAAUUGUAAGGAGGAUUUGUUUGUCGAAUCAAUUUUUUAAAUGUAUACACGUGAAACCAACCGACAAUCCAAUAAUUUUUUAAUCAAAAAAUUGUUUUUGUUAUUCAUGCCUGGCAAGAGAGUGCCAUAUUCAUUGUUUUUUAUGUUACAAUACCGGUAAUUUCAAAACAAUUUUGAAUAUUAAGAAUAAUACUUGAUUACUUUAUUUCUCUUUGAGCUCUAAAAUUGUGUUCAUCUAGCAAAUGGUAAGGUCACAAAAAUUUUUGAAUUCCUUGGCUUAAAAUAAUUAAUAUAUGAAAUUUGUGUGAAAAAAUUGAAUUUUCUUGGAUAUUAUUUUUGUUUGCAGUAUAAGAUUUUCUGUACAUUUUUGGGUACAUUAUAGAUCAGAUGUAUGAUAAAGAAUGAAGUUGAAGGUUUGUCUCAAUUUUAAUGAUAAAUGUUCAUUAAUGUGACCAUUUGGGGGGGGGAUAAAAAGAAAAUAUGUGGCUUUACAACUAUUAGAAAGAGUAAAAAAAAAUUUAUAAAAAGAGGGUGUACAAUAAAUGGUUGUAUGAUGAGAUUUUUUAUUCAGUUCUAGUUUUUUCUUAGAAUCUCUUAUUAAUACUUUUUUUCCCAUGAUAAUUAUUAAUCUCUGUUGCUAUGAUAAGUUCUGAAGAAAACUAAUGGAAAAGUUUGUCCACAUUAAUUUAAGUUUUCCUGAUCUAUAUGCUAUUUUAUUUUUCCAUUUAUAUCAAAAUUAGAGAGUUAUACACUAAAUUAUUUUCUUAGAGAUUAUACCAGGCAUGAAAUAUACUGAUACAGUAUUACAUAUAAACAUGUGAGUGGGUAAUGUAGCCCACAAUGAAAAAUUUGAUCUUGAAUUUUUAAAAAGCAUUUGGAAAUUUAAGGUAUAUUGUGAAUUUGAUUAUAUCAACUUUGUGAUUAACAUUAAGUAGAUUUAUUUGUAUAUUUAGUUUUUUUUUUGUUUUUUUUUUUUAGAGUAUCUGGUAUUACAGGUAUUUACACAUUUAGAUGAAAAUAACUACUAGUCAGUUGGACAUAAAUGCAUGAAUCGAUCCUGAUCACUGUUAUAUUUGCUCAAUUAACAGAUCUGACUUUUUUUCCUAAAAUAAAAACAUAUAUAUUAUUUGUUAAAAGUAAGGUUUAUUUAAUUUCUUGCCCAAUACAAUUAUAUAUCGACCUUUUAUUUCUUUUUGAGUGUCAUCCAAUGUUAUGUAUAAUAUGAUCUUUGGUAUAUUUCUGUUCCAUUAUUUUGUUUUUUUUUUUACUUUGAGGUAGUAUAGUUGUUUGUGCAAUUAACUGUUAUUUGUUUAACCAAACCCUCUUAAAAUGCCCAAGCUUAGUUGUUUUCAUUCAAGGGUAGACCCUAUACUUAUCCAGUUUUCCAGAGAUUUGCUACAAACCCUAUUGAAGUGCUAUGCUUAAGUUGGGAACAUUUUGCUUAAAGGAGUAUUGGGAAAUUUGUAGUGUUGUCAAAUCGGUUGAAAAUCAGAAUCGAUUAAUCGGUAUAGCAUCGGUUGACCCUAACCAACUGAUCAUCGGCCAAUAAUCGAAUCGGUAAUUAAUAAUUAUAUAUAGCCCUUUGCAUAAAAUAGGUAUUAUAUUUCAUAUAAAAUUUAGAAUUUUCAUUUUAAAUAAUGUAAGUAAAGGUGCAUUGUACAGAUCGCAAUUCUAAAAACAGUAUAUAUGCAGUUUGAUUAACAAUUUCAGUAAUACAGACUUUUGCAUGACUAGGAAUUACUUGGCCUGGGAAACAAGCAUUGACAGAUCAGGUUUUAAUUUUCAUGAUCAUCUAAAAUAUAUAUCAAAUUAAUUUUUUAAACUGUUAUAAGACAUUUAAUAUUGCAAAUCCUUGUGAUUACGCAUGAAAUGAAAAGUGAAUUCUCCCAGAUACUGAAAACUAAUAUAUUUCUUUAUACAAGUAGUUUAGUUUCUUUAGUUUAGAAAUACAAUUAUCAUUAUCUUAUGAUUUAUUUUAAACAGAUUUUAAGUACAUGUAUUUUAAAAUAGGUAGUAAAGGACAACACUUGGAAGAUAUAUAUUUUAAUAACAAGUCUUAGAGCCUGUUCUUGAAAUAAAAGUGAGAAAACUAUUUAAAAAAAAAGGAUAUGUGCUGAAAUAUACCAAUUAAUCGAUUGUUAAAAUCUCCAAUCGAUUGUCUAAAAUCGACAGCCUUUCCGACCGAUCAUCGAUUAUAAAUCGAUCAUCAUGACAACACUAGAAAUUUGCUCUCUUGAGAAGAAAUUUAAAAAUACACUGUUAUCCAGACUAGUGAGUAAAAGGCUCCCUGUUGGACUAG